AUGUCAUUGUCUCGAGUUUUCAGAGCGAGGGUAAGAAUGCCGCUCACCACUACCAGACUACCGAUCCAAUUUUCUUUGCAAAGAUUCCAAUCUUCAUCUGCUAGUCUUCCCCAAAUGGGUGAAUACGAAACCCAAAUUUACAACAUCCUACAAAAAGAAUUCGAUCCUGUCAACUUGCAAGUCCAAGAUGUACUGGGAGGAUGUGGUUCCAUGUUUGCAAUUCUUGUAGAGAGUCCCAAGUUUAAAGGAUUGCCCAUGAUCAAACAACACCGAUUAGUCAAUGAUCUUUUGAAAGAUGAAAUUAAGAAAUGGCAUGGACUUCAGCUUAAAACUAAAUCAGCAUAA